CCCGUGCAGUUUUGCCGGAAAUCCCUCUCUGGCGGAGGCAGAGCACCAGCUCCAACUACAGAUCCAGCUUAGACGUAGCAUAGGCCGAGGCGCCGCUGUUAUGAGUCGCAUGCAAGCGAUAACCGCAUCGGUUCGCACCACAAACCGAAUGAAUGCUCUGCUCUCGGAGUCGAUGCUCAGCCGUCGACGUGCCCUCAAUCCAGAGGGUGAGGGCGUGGCUGGCUUUGAGGGCGGCGAGCGCAAUGAGAAGCCAAAGAAUGAUUGGAAAUUCUUUCACACCAAUUUCAAUAUGGAACGUGCCCACAAGAUCAUCGAAGAUUGCAUCGAGGAGCGUCUGCUGUGGGAUCGCUUCAGUCGCAAUUACGACUCGUGGCGGGCGCUGCAGUUGGUCGAGAGUCUGGCGGCCGAGAUACGCGAUCGGGUCAAGAAGUUAAACCACAGCCGGCAUCGCAUUAUCUGCCUGCUGUCGAUUGUGGAGAAGCAGAAUCAGGGCAUCUACCAGAGGAUGUGCCACUUGAUGGACGAGAAGCGGGAUAACUUCACACAAUUAGUGUUCGAGCGGCCCACCUACUUCCUCAUCGUUGUCCUGUAUCUGGUGCACAAGGAUUAAUCCUUAGAGCUUCUAAAGCAUCUCACUCUCAUUAG